AUGAAAUGGUUCGUGACUGAUGGGGUCGGCAAACGAGCAUACGGAUUACCUGAUGUUAAGCCAUCAGCGCCGCCCAUGGACACCCGCAACGGAGGAGUUACGAAUAAUUAUGGAGAUACACUUGAAGAAGCUUUGGCAAACGAGCAGACAUCUUACGUGAUAGAUGGCCAACGAGCUGACGGAUUACCUGAUGGUAAACAAUCAGCGCCGCCCACGGACAUCCACAACAACGGAGGAGUUAAUAUUGCGGCGCCGACCUUUUGGAGAUUAGCGUUUAGGGGAUUUGGAGAAUGGAAAGGGUUUGAGUAA